AUGAAAUACUGCGAAGUGCAACCGCAAACGGGGUCGCGAGGAAUAAAAAGGCAACGAGAACUCGAAGAGAAUGCAAGUAUUCCAACGAAGGGCUCCCGAGCGACGGAAACAAGAGGGCAUCCAGUGAACGACCCAGCAGGCACAUCUGAGCCGCUACAAUGCACGCAAUGUGGCUUUGUAUCACAAUCAAAAGGGGGAACAACACCAAGCACCAAGAUUCAGUACCGCAGAGGCCAUCCCCUGGAUAGUAACGCUGGUACAAAACGGAGCCGUUCCAUCACAGAACAAGAGGUAUCCCUCAUUUGGAACACGGUAACUAUAGGUCUAAAUGACACCUGUUGCACGCAAUGCCGUCAUACGCAUGUAUCAAAAGACAGCCUGAUGGAGCACUUCGGGGGAAUGCAUAGACAGCAUCCCUUCUCCGUAGCAAAAGAAUCUCCACCACCGCUCCGGAGCUUCAACGUCAGAGGAUUUCAUCUACACUUCACGUUCGUAAACCGAAAUAAGACGUCCCACUCAACAUCAGGUUCAUCUAUACAUCGCCAUCAAAAACAUGAAAUCUGCGUUGAAAGGAAACAUACACACUCCAACGAAUGCGAAGAGAAUCCCACCCACAUACUCGUGCGCUCAAGCCUAAAGUGCUCCGCAGUCACUUCGGGCUUGAGGGCGAAAAUAUGCAGAAGAUAG